AAGAAUGCGCUAUGGUCUACAGUGACAGCAGUGUGAAAUAUCGCGACGCCUCGACACUCUUGCUCAUGCACGCGUUGGUAAUUGACGAGAUCUCGAACGAAGUCCUUUCGCAGAUCCUAGGGGAACGCUCGCACCUUCAAGAGUGUCUCUUCUCAAAUGGAACUCCCACGUCUUGUCGUGGAACUCUGGCAAGCUGUGCCCUGCGUCUGCGGUGCUUGGCGGGCUGACGCGCAAAACACACCGCGCUUCUGGACGCACUACCCCUUCAUGAACUCGCUUGCGCCCAAGAGACACUCGCCGCAUUCUACCCCUUCCGACUUCUAUGCAGAACAAGCGACACUGUCUUGCACCCUUUGUCUCCUUUUGUCGCCCACCGUAUGUCAUGAUCAAAUUUCGGAGCAAUUUCUGAAGGAUUAGGGUGCGCACGCCUCACGCUGGCAAUGAAUAACCCUAGGGUAUACCACCUGUGCGUUCGUCCACGCCAUGCCACGGUACGAGUUGCCUGGUCUGCAGUGUCACGUAGCUCCUUGACAAUCUAGCAACAUCUCCCAC